AUGGUGAAGGCAGCUAAAGAAAUUCAAAUGGAGAACCCAAGAGAGGCAGAGACUCCCAGCACAGGGGCCACAUGUUCCCCACCAGAGGAACAAGCAAAAAAACCCUCUAUGCUCUGUUUUAAGAAGCAGAAGAAGUCCUGUAAGAAGGGGCUGACUGUGAAGGAUACGUGCGAAGGAGCCUCAGAAGAGAAAAGCCAAUGUGUCAGCGCUGACCAAGAGGAGGCAAAAGCUUCCAAUCCAUCACGAUCCUCCAAAGGAACUUGGGCAGCCAUCAAAAACCUUGCCAAACCUCGGAGAAGGCAGAAGUCCUCCUCACGGAAGAAGGUGCCCUCUGAUUCCCAAGUGCAGCUGGAGGCGGAUGCUGAGGAGAGCUGUGCGCGAGACCUCCCAAAGAAACGGGCGAGCUCUGGGGUGAAGAUGCCCUGUGUGAGAUUCUCCAGAGGCAAGAAAAAACCCAGCCCCUCAGAAGCAGUGGAGGAGUCAGAGGGCAGUGUUCAAGCAAAUGAAGUGAUGGGUGUUGUGAAUAAGGCUAGUGAAGAGCCAGAGGAUUUGGCCCCGACGGACAAAUCUGAAUCCUUCAGCCCAGUCUCUGCACAGGAUGAACGGGAUACGGUGAAGCAGGAGCAGCGUAGAAUAAAAGAGGACAAGGACAAAAUGAAAGAGGAUCAGGAUACAGUGAAGGAGGACCAGGAUACGGGGAAGGAGGACCAGGAUACAGUGAUAGAGGACCACGAUACAGCAAAGGAAAGUGACACCUCUGUUGGGAAGAGUGAGCCCUUGACAGAGCCCACAUGUGAUGCAGAGGAACAUUCGGAGUGCACUGUUCAGUUGGAGAUAACCCAUUCAGAGACAGCUGAUGAAACAGCCCAGGACAAACUGCAGGAAGGGAGCCUACCCCAAAUCACCAACGAUGCAGAGGGUAGGGAAGUUGCUCCCGAAGUGCCUGUUCCUAAAGACCAAUCUGACAAUGUCCCUGAAAUCACAGAGUGGCAGGAAAUCCCUAAUAUCUGCAAAGAGAUGCCUGAAAGGGAUGAACUGGAAAAGAGCAUAAAUUUUCCUAAGGAGUGCAAAGCCGAGGAGUCUGUAACUGAUUUCAGUGAGUUGGCAUCUGGAGGUGAUGCAGCAAGUGUGCAGGAGGCAGUGAGUGUGCAGGAGGCAGUGAAAGCAAAUGCAGGUGCUGGUGUCAGCAUCGUCAUCACCAUCACCGAAGCUGAGGACUCCGACAACACCGACUCUGACCAGGCUUAUGAGCCGUCCCCAGUUUUGCGCCAAAAAAAGCAAAAAGGGAAUAAAAAAUUGAACAGGAAUGCUGAUGUUGGUCAAAAAGAGGGCCCCGAGGCUGGUGACGGUCCCCAGGCAGAGGAGAAAGGUCUGGGUGACCAGGGGCACAGAACUGGGGAGCAGUACGAAUUGCUCCUUGUAGAAACCGCCUCUUCACUUGUGAAGGCGGCCAUUCAGUCAUCCAUAGAGCAGCUGGUCAACGAAAUGGCCCUGGAACAGAAUAAACACAACAGCUUUCUGUGAUGGCAGCCUUGCCCCAGAGAGAAAGAGUAGAGGGAGUGAUUUCAAGCUCCAUUUGGCCUGCGGGGUGUGUGGAGAACUCGGAGAGCUCCCGGGGCCGAGGUGUAGUUAAUUCUGCAUGCCCGUUCAGUUGUGUGUCUACGUGGAACAGAUCCCGGGAUGUGGGCAGACCCUGCUGAGUGCAGUGCAUCCCCUGGGGCUUCAGACAGCGCCACUGACCACAGCUGCGGAAAAAUUAAGAUGUUACAGUGACUGUAUUUUCACUUAUUGGCACAUUUAU